UAUAUAUAAGCACAUUUUCCUUGAAACUAUUUCUAACUUCAAAUAUAUUUACACACAUCUCAACUGUCGCCCGCCUAUCCAAAGCUAGCUAGACCAUAAAAAAUAAUCUAGUUACUAGGAUUCAUAGAUUGUAUAAUAUAUUAAUAAUAUACAAUGUCUAGCAGAAGAUCAAGACAAUCAUCAUCAGGGGCUUCAAGGAUAUCGGACGAUCAAAUUAUACAACUCAUUUCCAAGUUACAACAACUUCUUCCCGGUACUCGUAUCCAACGAUCUAACAAGGCGUCGGCUUCAAAGGUCUUACAAGAAACGUGUUCCUACGUGCGAAGUUUGCAUAGGGAAGUUGAUGAUCUUAGCGAUCGUCUAUCUCAGUUAUUAUCCACCAUUGACGCCGAUAGCCCUGAAGCUUCUAUUAUUCGAAGUUUAAUUAUGUAAAAUGCACAUCUCGACGUACGUACAAUUAAACUAUUCGUUAGCUAGCUAGCUAGCUUCUUGGUUAAGCGGAUAAUUAAUUAAGUUAAUCUCAUUAUUUAAUUAGUCUUCUCCCUAGGGUUUAAUCUAAUUAAUAUAUAACCCAUGUUACAUGUAGUAUUAUAUAAAUUUAUAAUUGUACUUGUUAUAUACUAAUAAAUAAUAGAAAAUAUAAUAAUAACACUCAUAGUGUGUAUCAAAAGUGUCUCGUGAUAAUAAUAUUUUUUUUUCCAAUAA